AUGGCGGAAAGGUCGUCAAAGAAGCGAAAGCUCGACACCUCGUCUUCCGGUCCCAGAAUCACUGACCCGCGCUUCGCCAACAUCGAGAACGACCCACGCUACCGACUGCCCUCGAAGAAACAGAAAGUCAAGCUAGACAAGCGCUUUUCCAGCAAACUACGCGGCGAGGAGUUCAGUCGGAAAUCAAAAGUCGAUCGAUAUGGUCGGAAGAUACAGAAAGACCCCGUCACGGCUCGGCUGAAGCAGAAAUAUGACCUCGGCGAUGAGGCGAGUGACGAGAGUGAUGACCCAGACGACGACGAUGAGGUCCGGCAGGAAUUGAAGCGGGCUGGUGGAGGGAGCAAGCCGAGAGACAUUCUCAGGGAAGGUCGAGUGACCGACUCGUCCUCCAGCAGCGAGAGCUCGAGCGACGAGGACGACUCCGAGGACGACUUCGAGGAAGAAGCAGAACUUGCGCCGCAGACCAAGAACGAAAUACCCGUCGGCGAAGUCACCUCGCGACUCGCCGUCGUCAAUCUCGAUUGGGACAACAUCCGAGCUGAGGACCUUAUGGCCGUCUUCUCGAGUUUCGUCCAGUCCGAAGGCAAGCUGCUCAAGGUCGCCGUCUACCCCAGCGAGUUCGGCAAGGAGCGCAUGGGCCGCGAGGAGAUGGAAGGCCCGCCCAAAGAGAUCUUCGCCUCCGCAAACAACGCCGACAGCGAUCACGAGUCCUCAGAAGACGACGACGACGAAGCAAUCAAGCAAUCCCUCAUCAAACCCGACGACGGCACCACCGACUUCGACUCCCAAGCCCUGCGCCGCUACCAACUCGACCGCCUCCGCUACUUUUACGCCGUCCUCACCUUCUCCUCUCCUACCGCGGCAAAAGCAAUCUACGACGCCGUCGACGGCACAGAGUACCUCUCGACCGCCAACUUCUUCGACCUACGCUUCAUCCCCGACGACACGGAUUUCUCAGAGGACACGCCUCGAGACGAGUGUGAGGGUGUCUCGACGACCUACAAGCCUACGGAGUUCAUCACGGACGCGCUGCAGCACAGUAAGGUUAAGCUGACAUGGGAUGCGGAGGACACGAAUCGGAAGGAGGCUGCUGCGCGGGCGUUUCGGACGCAUGAUAUUAAGGAUUUGGAUGAUGUUGAUCUGGCGGCUUAUAUUGGGUCGGAUAGCUCUGACAACGAAUCAGUUGACAAUACGCCGGUCAAUGGUACGGAAAGUACAGCAACAACAGCAAAGGAGAACAACCGCCAAAAAACACGCUCCCUCCUCGGCCUCGCGCCCGAACAACCCACCAAAUCCUCGUCCAACGACCCAACAAAACCCAAGAAAGACCGCGCCCCAGUCGGCAACGUCGAAAUCACCUUCUCCGCGGGCUUGACUUCUGACACCACCAACCCCAACGAUCCGAACAAGAAACGCUCCGUCUUUGCAAACACGCAAGAAGAAGCCGAGGAAACGACCAUCGAGAGAUACGUGCGGAAGGAGAAAGAGCGCAAGGAACGACGGCGGAAUAAGGCAAAGGCUGCUCGUGGGGGAGGAGAAGACCACGAUGAUGGCGAAGCCGGGCUCGCUGCCGACGAACGACAACCUACUGCCGUCAGCGCAGCGCCUCCCAAUAACCAUGAAGACGCAGAUCUAGGCUUCGAUGAUCCCUUCUUCACAAACGCCACCUCGUCGACCACCGCUGGGGAUGCAUCAGCCGAGAAGUCUAAACUCCGGAAAGAAGCCCGCCUCCAAAAGCGUAAGGAACGUGAAGCUGAAGAGGAUCGCAAUCAGAAGGAACGCAAGGAGCUGGAGCUGCUCAUGGCCGAUGAUCAGGACGCCGACGGUGGUAGCAAGGCAAUGCGGCAUUUCAAUAUGAAGGAGAUCUCAAAGGCGCAGAAAGAUGCAGAGAAAAGGGCACGGAAGGGGAAGAAGGGCAAGAAGGACGCCGACAGCGCAAAGAACGGCGAUGCGGGAGGUGAUGACGGCUUCGAUGUAGAUGCCACAGCGGACUCGCGUUUCGGGGGUCGACUAUUCAAGAGCCAUGAAUUCGCCAUCGAUCCAAGUAAUCCGCGAUAUAUGAAGACGAAGGGGAUGGAGAGGGUUCUGGAGGAGGGACGGCGGCGGAGGAAGGGCGAUGCUGCGCGGUAG